CGGGGUUAUACAUUGCGCAUGCGUACUUCUUGCUUUUCGAUCUCGCGGGUGGAGAAGUCGCGUGUGUAGGGAAGGAGAAAAUCCUCGAAGAUCAGCCUUGUAGAAGGGGAAAAGACAAGUCAAACAUGUCUGCCAGGCCGCUGGUGACGUGUACACGGACGAGGGGAAGGAAAGCUCGGAGAGCGUGAGUCUCCCGGCCGUGUUCAAGGUCCCCAUCCGCUCCGAUGUGGUCCAGUUCGUGCACACCAACAUGAGUAAGAACCGCCGCCAGCCGUACGCCGUGUCUCCCCACGCCGGCCACCAGACCAGCGCCGAGUCCUGGGGUACCGGGCCGCGCCGUUGCCCGUAUUCCCCGCGUGCGCGGAGGAGGCACUCACCGCUCUGGCCAGGCUGCCUUUGGAAAUAUGUGUGCUGGUGGUCGUAUGUUUGCUCCCACUAAGACCUGGCGUCGCUGGCACCGAAGGAUCAACCAGAACCAGCGUCGCUACGCCAUGUGCUCUGCACUGGCAGCCACUGGGCUACCAGCGCUGGUCAUGGCUCGAGGUCACCGCAUCGACCAAAUUGCCGAGGUCCCUCUUGUAGUAUCGGACUCUGUCCAGGAUGUCUCCAAGACGAAGGACGCGGUUCGUAUCAUGAAGGCUAUUCGCGCCUACGCUGACGUGGAAAAGAGCAAAGACAGUCGGAAGAUUCGUGCCGGGAAAGGAAAGAUGCGAAACCGUCGCUACGUCCAGAAAAAGGGCCCGCUGAUCAUCUACAACGAGGAUCACGGGUUGACGCGGGCCUUCAGGAACCUGCCGGGGGUGGAGAUGCUGCAUGUGGAUCGACUAAAUCUCCUCCAGCUGGCGCCCGGAGGACACCUCGGCCGUUUCUGCAUCUGGACCAAGUCCGCCUUCUCUAAACUGGACGCCCUCUACGGGACGUGGAGGAAGAAAUCCACCGAGAAGAAAAACUACAAUUCCAGUGCCAUUAGUGGCCAGUCAUCACAGAGUAUUGUUGCUAUCUACAGGCCGAAUGCUGCGAGGAGAUCACAGAAGAAGAAUCCUCUGAAGAACCUGAAUGUGAUGCUCCGACUCAACCCCUACAUGAAGACCUUCCGUCGCCACGCCAUACUCCAGGCCAUGAGAAACACGGCCCUCAAGGGAAAGCUGAAGGAGGCCAAGCAGGAGAAGGCUGCCACCAAGAAGGGAACCAAGAAAUAG